AUGUCUGGACGUGGAAAAGGAGGCAAAGCCAAGACCGGCGGAAAGGCCAAGUCGCGCUCUUCGAGAGCCGGACUCCAGUUCCCGGUCGGUCGUCUGCACCGUCUUCUCCGCAAGGGCAACUACGCUCAGCGCGUCGGAGCCGGAGCACCGGUGAGUCUUCGUUCCUCUCCUUCUGACUUUCCUUUCCGAGUUCUCUUUCUCAUGUUCACUUCUGCAGGUCUACCUGGCCGCUGUCCUCGAGUACCUGGCCGCCGAAGUCCUUGAAUUGGCCGGCAACGCCGCUCGCGACAACAAGAAGACUCGCAUCAACCCCCGGCAUCUGCAGCUCGCCGUCCGCAACGACGAGGAGCUGAACAAGCUGCUCAGCGGCGUCACCAUCGCCCAGGGAGGAGUCCUGCCCAACAUCCAGGCCAGCCUUCUGCCCAAGAAGACUGCCGGCGACAAGGAAUAA